GCUUUCCAGGUCUCUGUACGAAGCACUCAGGGCCCCAUCGAUGUCUUCCUCUGCCCCGAGGACAGCUCGGGGGUCUGUAGUCCCGUCAAGAGCCCCUUCAAAGCCCCCGCAGAGGAGUCAUCCGCCGGCCAUUCUCAGCCCAGAGCCUCCCCGCUCCUGCAUCCCGCCCAGGACGUGAACAUGCCGCUGCUGCCCGGAGAGCAAGCAGAGGAGGUGAGCCUCUCGCCGCUGGCCUCCAUGGACGCCCUCCUGGAGCAGAGCAGGGAGGAUUUUUCGGGUUUCUUGGCGGACGAGUUCAUCAACUUGUCACCGCCGCAGGCGCAGGACUACCACUUUGGCCUGGAGGAGGGCGAGGGCAUCAGCGAGCUCUUUGACUGCGACUUCGGGGACUUCACGCCCUUGGACUUCUGA